UUAUUUGACGUCUGUGCAAUUUUUGUAUUUGAUUUUAAUUUCGCACUGAAAGUGAAUAGUGAAAAGCGGAAAAAUGAUUUUUGGGAAGAUUUUCAUUAACAAUUUUCAUUUUAUAAAGUUAUUAUCAAUAGUUUCUUUAUGGGCUGUUCAAGUGGCCGAAGGAUCAAGGGCCGAAUAUGUAACGUGUGGCUCGAUAUUAAAGUUAUUAAAUACAGAUUUGAAGUUGCGACUUCAUUCCCAUGAUGUGAAGUAUGGAUCUGGCUCGGGGCAGCAGUCUGUGACCGCUGUCGACGUGACCGACGACAAUAACAGUCACUGGCUAGUGAGAGCUGCUAAAGACGAAACUUGUAAAAGAGGGGCUCCAAUAAAAUGUAAUUCCAAUAUAAGACUACAACAUGUAUCUACAAAGAAAAACUUACAUUCACAUUACUUCUCAUCCCCACUAUCUGGCAACCAAGAGGUCUCAUGUUAUGGUGAUGAGAACGGAGAAGGAGACAGUGGAGACAACUGGACUGUUGUCUGCAACAAUGACUUCUGGAGAAGAGAUACACCUGUGAAACUAAGACAUGUUGAUACUGCAGCAUAUCUGGCUGGCUCUGGCAGAACCUUUGGCAGGCCCAUCAGUGGUCAAGGAGAGAUUGUAGGAGUAUCAUCACAGUAUGGAGCAUACACUGACUGGCAGUCACAAGAGGGUUUAUUUGUCCACCCCAGUGACUUACUACCUCACCAACAAGCACAAAUUAUACACACAGAGUUAUAACUGUGCAAGUAUAAUAAAAUAUUAGGUGUUUUGUAUAAAUUGUGAUUUCCUAUAAUAUAAUUAGCUGUACCUAUCUUGAUUAUGGAUGAAGUCUUAUUAUUAUUAUAAGAUCUUAACAUAUUUACAGUUAUUUAUUUGAUUGAUGAAUUUUUUUUUAUAGAACAGUGAUAAAUGAUGAGGUUUACUUUCACCUCCACCUAAAUAUAGAAUCAAUUGUUUUUAUUUAAAUAUUAUCAAGAGACAGAUUUUCUCUUCUAAUAUUAUGGCUGUAAAUGCAUUAAAUUAUGUAGUUGGAAAUAUCAACUAUUGUCCCUUACACAAAUAUUAAUUUUUAGUUAUGUAUACCUGAUAUAAGCUACAGAAAUGUCACAUCUUGGUUUUUAUUUAUAGUUUAAUAAAUGAAAUUCCAAUAAACAGUCAAUGAAAAACA